AUUGACAAAUGGCAAAUGGUUGAAUAUUUAUCUUGACGUGACUUUUUACUGAUGUGUUGGCCGUAGGUGAAUGGUUAGAAUUUAAAGAGGUGUAUUUUCGGUCUUUCGGAAAUUAAAGAAAUAAAGAUGAAGUACUUAUAUUUAUUAUUAUUUUUAAAUUUAGUAGCUAUAGUUAAUGUUUAUGGCCAACAAAAGAGACAGCCCCAUACCAUGGCUGAGCGUGUCCAGCAACUAACGGACAUGGCUAAUAAACGACCAGUUUUGAGAUUUAAUGCUAAUAAGUUUAGAGAUUUCGUAAAAGCCUCACCAAGGAACUAUUCAGUAAUCAUCAUGUUCACAGCAAUGGCUCCUCAAAGGCAAUGCCAAGUGUGUAGACAUGCUAGUGAAGAGUUUGCCAUUGUGGCAAACUCUUAUAGAUACUCACAGAGUUAUUCGAAUAAAUUAUUCUUUGCUGUAGUUGAUUUUGAUGAAGGAUCAGAUGUGUUUCAGAUGUUAAGACUGAAUACUGCCCCAGUAUUUAUUCACUUCCCACCUAAAGGAAAACCAAAGAAUGCAGAUACCAUGGAUAUUCAAAGGAUAGGUUUUGGUGCAGAAACCAUUGCUAAAUGGAUAGCAGAAAGAACUGAUAACCAGAUCAGAGUAUUCAGACCUCCCAACUACUCUGGAACCUUUGCACUGAUUAUUCUUUUUGCCAUUGUCGCUGCAUUCUUAUACCUGCGCAGAAACAACCUAGAAUUUUUGUACAACAAGACGAUGUGGGGACUAGGAGCUCUCUUUUUCUGUUUCGCUAUGACUUCAGGACAAAUGUGGAACCACAUUAGAGGACCCCCUUUCAUACAUAAAACUGGAAAUGGUCAAAUUGCUUACAUACAUGGAUCAUCGCAAGGACAGUUUGUGUUUGAGACAUACAUUGUUAUGUUUUUGAAUGGAGCUGUUGUACUGGGAAUGAUUCUGCUAACUGAAUCAGCAAGAGGCAAAGGCGACCCCAAAAAGCGUAAAAUCUUUGCUGUCUCUGGCUUAGUGCUGCUAUCAGUUUUCUUCUCUCUAUUGUUGUCUGUAUUUAGAACAAAAACUCAAGGCUACCCUUACAGCUUCCUUUUUAAAUAAAUUUAAAAAGAAGGAAUUUAAAUGUCAUUGUAUGAUGUUAUAGAUUGAAUAAAGUUUUGUUAAAACAG